AUGGACGGCACAUCUGGCUCACAGUCGUCGCGGCUCUCAAUACCAAAAGCCUGGCCCUUCAAACGAUCAUCUUCAUCAACAUCACAUGAUCGCGAACGCCGAAAGCGAGGUCAACCUGCACAUAUCAUCGUAGAAACUGCGCCUCCGAAUCUCCCGUCACCACCGCGCUCGAGUCCGCUACCCCAAACGGCCUGGAACCAAGUACCAGUGGCAUACCGCCCGCAACAGCUAUGUGCUCCGCCAUGGGAGAUGCAACAGUCAAAGUUGCGACAGCGGAUCGAGACGAGUUCAUCUGUCAGACGAUCGAUAGAUGGUUCCGCUGACUAUCCCACUCGGAGACAACUUGAAUUGACACCGCCGCUCGAUCGCUCAACGGGCAGUGGACUCGUUCACAACUAUGAUACAUCUGGUGCUGUCGGAUUGGGUCUUCAAUCAGUACCGAACUCAGCCUAUCGACUUGAUUCGGUCAUGGAUAUCUCAGAUGUGGUCGAUAGUAAUCAUCUCGGAUCCUUCGACACUCAGAGCGUCGUUCAAAUCGCGGCUUGGGCUCCUUCGCCCGUGACUCCCAUCACACCUGUCGCACCACUCCAAUUUACACCACGGCCGCAACCACGGGAACGCCGACAGACAGACAGCGUCGUCUUCACCGGAUCGGAUGCAAUGCUGUCCGACGUCGAGCUCUUCGCACAAGCGACGGCUGGCUUCUUGACUCCCGAAGAAGAAAUUCUGUCCCUCGCAGAAGAAGCCCAAAACGAGGCAAUGAUGGUCGACUACGCCCCUGCCGCCACUUCGCACGCUUUCGAAGGUCUGGUAUCACCAGUGUCUCAACUCGGGACUCCCUCUCGCAGAACACCCAUGUCGCCCAUUCCCUCUUCCCUCGUUCCCGGUCGCUUGACCCACUCCGUCUCAUCAUCCGGCCAUCCCUCUCGCGACCAACAUUACUUCGAAGUCUCACCUCUGGAGACGCCAUCGUCCGCAUUCGUCUCCCCGACCCGCCCAGGACGUGCCAGCUGGCCUCGCCUCGAAUCCCAACCCUCAACCCCCCUCUUCGCCAACCCGAACAACAAUUACGCCAGAGACGAAGAACAUCAACAACAAGAACUCUACAACACCACCCCUACAGCCACCAGCAGCGCUUACCGGACCUUCACGCCCCCACACCGUGGCCAUCGCGCUCGUCAGGAGUCGAUAGAUUUCAUCGCUCUGUUCCCCGGCGAGGAAGCUCCCAAAUUCGAAGAGGAUCCUCCGAAUUACGCCGCCAGCCAGGCCCAGGUGGCCGCGGCAUCGCGGGGUGAAGCCACACGUAGAGCACAGGAAUUGCAGCGCAGAUGGCUUCAGAGCCGAUAG